UGAAGCUUUUGUUUUCUUUUCACAUUUAGUUCAACAUCCACAUAAAGAUUGAAGGUGAAACAAUGGCGACUGCGUUUAUACACUCUGGGCUGUGAAAACCUUAGCUGAGGAUUGAUUGGUGACGUGACAUAAUGCAAACUUUAUCAAUUUCUUCGCAGAGUUCAAAUCUGGCAAACGCAACUGCCAGUCUCUCUCAGAAGCUUAACAAGAUGAUUGCCAGUGGCUUGCAAGACUACAGUUCUUGGAGGUCGUUGAUUUUGGAGAUUGAAACCAAAUAUCCAGAGGAUAUAAGUACCAUUUCCUUGGCUUAUGACACCCUUUUGUCAAAGUUCCCGUUGUGUCAUUGGCAUUUGGAGAAAUAUGCAUAUCACAAGGCGAAGUUAUGCAGCCCUCAGGAAGCUGUUAAUAUUUAUGAGCGAGGAUUGGGCAUGGGAAUGUAUUCAGUUGGUUUUUGGGUUGACUAUUUUACAUUUGGUGCAGCUUGCUUUGGAGACCCCGAGGAUGUUCGUCGAUUAUUUAGAAGAGCCAUCUCAUUUGUCGAUAAAGAUUACUAUUGUCAUGCCCUAUGGGACAAGUACAUGAGAUAUGAGUUCAAUUUAGAGGGGUGGAAUUUUCUUGCACAUUGUUACGCCCAAGCACUGAGUUUCACCUUUUACUUUAUGUUUCAACCUUCACCUGCAUCUUUGGAGCUUAAUCACUUCAAGCAGUUUGUAGCAAAUUUGAAAGAGGAGAUUGAGUAUGAAAACAAGAACUGCAUGGUGGAACAAGAGUCUGCUCCUUAUCCUGCAAUAGAAAUUUCUGCUGAUGAAAUCUCUCACAUCAUCAAGGAUUUGUUAGAUUCUCCAGAUAGUUCCAUCAAGUCAAAAGCUCUGGAUAAAUAUAGAUCUAUUGGUGAAGAAUUCUAUCAGAGGGCAUGCCAGAUAAAUGAAAAAAUAAAAUGCUUUGAGACAAAAAUUCAAAGGCGAUAUUUUUGUGCAAAGCCACUUGAUGAUGAUCAACUAGAGAAUUGGCAUCUCUAUCUUGAUUUUAUUGAGAAGCAAGAUGAUACGGACUGGGCCAUGAAACUGUAUGAGAGAUGCUUGAUACCUUGUGCCAGUUACCCUGAGUUCUGGAUGCGUUAUGUGGAGUUCUUGAAUUCUAAAGGAGGACAAGAAUUGGCGAUAUCUGCCCUAGAUCGGGCAACUAAAAUAUUUUUAAAGAAUGUUCCAGAGAUCCAUUUAUUUAAUGCAAAUUUUAAGGAACACAUAGGAGACAUUAAUGGUGCACGAGCUGCAUUGAGUCUGUGUAAUAUGGAAACUGAUUCCAGCUUCAUCAGCAGUGUUGUAACACUAGCCAAUUUGGAAAGACGCCUGGGAAAUUUUUCUGCAGCUACCGCUACAUACGAGAAAGCACUCAAAACUGCUAAGGAGAAAAGGAAGGCACACCUUCAUCCUAGUCUGUAUUUGCACUUUGCCCAGCUUACUCUCUUGACAACAGGUAGUGCAGCUGCUGCUAGAGAUAUACUAAUUAGAGGCGUACGAGAUGUGCCUCAUUGCAGAUUCCUUUUAGAGGAAUUGAUAAAAUUUGCAAUGACCCAUGAAGGACCAAGUCAUGUGAAUGUCAUUGAUCCAAUAAUAGGUGAUGCGAUCUCGAACGGAGUAUAUGAAUACAGAGGUUUGAGUGCCAAAGACCGAGAGGACAUAUCAAAUUUAUUCUUAGAGUUGGAUGUUUCUAUGGACAUGUUAUCUUGCUUUUCUCAGCUUAAUGAUUUAUUGAGCUGUAUUUCUGUGUUUGUCAAUCUUUGUGGAACUGCACAUGAUAUAAGAAAAGCUUGGAAUCGCCAUAUUCGAUCAUUUCCCAUGUUCCUGAGGAUGAAGAUGACCCCAUAUAAGAAUUCCAAAUCCUCCUCCUCAAAUGAUUUGGAAAAAAAGGAAACUCCUAAAAAGUUGUCCUCUCUCGAAGGCCACGACAAUAAUGCUACCAAAGAUUUAAGUUUGUCCAAAAAUGAUGGACUUCUUCAGCCCAACGGGCGGGCUAACGAGCUCUCGUGCAAAUCUAUUGUUGCUAGUGAUCAAGAAAAACAAGAACUUGAUGUUAACUCUGGAUUAGCCUCACACUCAGAAGAAGAAAACACUUUAGUAAUCCCUCAGAAGUCAACCCAGGGUGUCAGAAAGUCAACAGAACCAGAUAAUAAUGUCUCUGUUGAGACUAAACACGAGCAAGAUCAAAAUCGGUCCAGACAAAAACCGCAACAACUAAGGAAUGUUCAAGACGAUCCAGAAACUAACUGGGAGGUGGGCCCAUCUGAAGGACCACCUGCACCGGCAGCACCGAAUCAAAAUGCUUCUUAUAAUACUAAUGAACAGUCGUGGCAAGCUCAAGCACAGAUGUUUUACCAUUACCAGCAGCAACAAUUACUUCAGCAGCAGUAUCAGCAACAGCUGCAAAUGCAGAGUGCUUACUCUCAGAUGCAGUACAAUUAUUACAACCAACAGCCCUAUCAAAUACAGCCACAUCAGCAACAGUUCAGCCAGCAGCCAGUGGUGCCACAUCAGCAAAGCCAGCAUUUGCCACAUCAGCAAGGUCAGGAACAAUAUCAUCAGUCGUAUCAACAAAUGGCUUAUCAACAACAACAACAGGAACAACAGAUGCUUUUGCAGCAGUAUCAGCAAUAUCAUGGUAACCAGCAUAUACCACAUCAGCAGCAGCUGAAGGAAAGGCCUGGAUUUGUGCAAGAAAAUCAGCAGAAUUCAAUUCAGAAUAUGAGCCAAAAUCAACAGGGUUCUAGGAAGACCCCACCAGAAAUCGAUGCUACAGCUCAAUCAUCAGAAUCUCCACAUCCGAGGGCUCAAUCGCCGCGAGAACUCCAAUAACUUCAGAAAGCUGAACCAUAUCAUAUGGAUCCUUAAUUUGGCAAGAAAAGAGGAAUGGAAGGAGGUGAUCUACUGGACCAAUUCAAAGAUAAUUGCAAAAGCACUUAACAAAUUGAGAACCCUUGCAGAUCCAGAAAAUUCUCAGGUGCAGGAUAUUUUUGGUCUAGAUUAUUUGCUUCAUGUUCUUUUUGGAUUGUCAAAGCUUAAUAGUGCUUUUUAGAUGUUUUUUUAGUAGUUUGUGGUGAGUAUUGGGAGCAACAUGUAUUGGCUCUCACUGUGUACUCUUUUACCAACAAUUGUUAGUUGGUAUUUUCAGUUCCAGUUGGUCUCAGAAUUUGUAUAGUACUCUUCUUGUUGAGUUUAAUUAAUGAAUGGUUUAUCGUUUGAAAAAAAA